AUGUCUGCCUCGACACCAAAGCCCCAGCCGACAGUGCCGGUUGCACUUUCUUUCGAGGCCAUUGACGACCUCAUCUACGAUGCCCGUGCUGGUGACCUCGAAGCCCUGAAUGCGGACAUCGCCACCCUGGCUUCGCAGUACAACUGCCCCGAGUCCCAGAUUGUGGCAUCUGCGAUUGACAUGGAAGAUGAGAGCGAAGGCGGGACAGGGUGUUGUGUGCUGCACUUCCCUGCUGCGAAUGGAAAUCACGAAAUCCUCAACACACUCCUCCAAAAGCUGUCCUCGCUGGAUGCCGCUCAGCGCACGGCAUUCAUCAACCACCGCAAUCACUCCGGCAACACGCCGCUGCACUGGGCCGCCCUGAACACGCACCUGGAAUGUGUGAAGGGACUUGUUGAGGCUGGCGCGGAUGUCGCUAUCAAGAACGACGCGGGCCACGACGCAGUGUUCUUGGCGGAGCGCGCCGCUUGGUCCGCUGCUGCUGAGGAGGUUGAUGAGAAUGAGAAUGAGAAUGAGCCGCAGGAGAUUGAGAUGACUAUUGGCGAGGAGCAGAGUGAGGGCCAGCAGCAGGCCGAUGCUGGGGAGAUGUCUGCUGGCAGACAGGUUGUUGAGUGGUUGCUGAGUUCGGAGAAGGCGGCCGGGCUGGAGAGCAGUGCUACUGAGGGUGAGAGAUCGGCAUGA